AUGUAUGUUAAGGAGGCUCACCAGUACGACCCGGGCACAACACUAAUAUCUGCAAUGCAACGGGUUCCUCUGAAUGUUGGGGGAACUUCUGACCAAUAUGAGGGCGCAUCCCGCUUUGCCGCCCUCGUGAGGUGCAGUGUACACGAGGCACAGGAAUGGCUGCGUCGCAGUUCUGGUUCUUUUGAAACAGCUUUGAAUGAUUAUCUUACCCAACAGCGGUCACCAAAGAGGCAUAAAUUGUCGGCAACUCCACCUCGUCCAUGCAACCAGCAUUUAGAUACACCAUGUAGCCCACUUACAGGGGACGUUGCCCCUGGUAAUCCCACGAGGGUGCGGACGGGGCACUUAGAAAACCCCGAGGGAGCAAAUUCAGCGUUACUUGAUGAGACGGGACAAUCGAAUGCCCCAAAAGGUAGAGAUGCAUUUGGUGGGAGCCGUACGUUAAUGAUAGACUUGGCUGGCGAAUCAGACGAAGAAGAGGAAACUGCAGUCGGAGAAGUUGAUGGGCGCGAUGCAAGCAACUCAUCGGGCGAACUUAGGGACAAGGGAUGCAGUGGCAACGAAGUACUCCCCCCUACAUCUGUAGGGGAGUAUUCCACUCCUGCUGUCGACGAUCUUCCGGACGAUUUUUCCUUUUGUCUAGGCGAAUGCGUAGCAAACGGCACCGUCACCAGCAGUACAAUCAGUAAAUUCAGCCUCACAGACCCGUUGACACUGAUGGUAGAGGUGCGGCUGCCACACACACAACGUUGGGGGCCACAGCAGGGCUUCCGCAGGGCAAAGCUACCAAACAGUGGUUACAGGAUAGUUUAUAUACACCUCAACGACCCCAUUCUUCUGGAGCACCAAAGGCGCCUGGGGCAGCCCAACCUCCGCGGUCAAUGCCUUGAUAAGACCCCACUUUCCACAAGUGCUUCAUUGAAUGCAUCGAACGGCACAGGAGGAAAAUGUUCCAGCCGUUGCAACCAGCUUGCAGGACUGGACUUCCACAACCUUCUUUCCAGCAUCUCUGAACAGACGACUUUCUUGCGCCUUCUCAUUGACGGCAGGGAAGCUGUCCGCUUUGACAGGGAAGUGGCUAGCGCCCUAGCCCCUUUGCUCCUUUUAGGAGCUAUUAAGGUCGACAUUUGCUGGCUACCAGACCGAAUGCCACCCCGCCGUCUCGCUAUUAACAGCAAUCUCUCCGUCCGCAUGAGUGUGCAUGUGACCACAGGAUUAUCUACAGUUUGGCUCAACCACAUAAGUGUUCGUCGCUUUCGUCGGUGGGGGGAUCCGUAUGUGAGUCAGGUGCACUUUCCUGUUCUGAUCGGAGGCGCCUUUGACUCACUUUUGCAACUCCUGGGUAUGCAACCCGUCAAUACAUCCUCACGGCAAGCGGAGGAAAGCUAUUCAGCUGACUUGGGGAUGAACAAAGAGGCCGAAAUUGGCGAGUGUCUGAAUAAACUUCAUGGACCCAAGAGGUUUAAAGGAUCCGCUGAAAUCGGAAAAGAUGAUGCAAAUGGAGAAUUAGAACCCUCUCUCAAAGCAAGAUCUCGUGGCUUCACAGGGGAGGACGAAACGGGUGAAGAUAGUGAUGGGACCCAUAUCAUUGAUGAAGAUGACGAGGAAGUUGAGGAAAGGAGCGAUGAUCUCUGCCAACUGGUCUUGGAAGGGCGGGCUACAUCCGAUGACCCGCAGCGCCAACCACAGCAACGGCGCAGUCUGGGCACUCUUUACCCUCCAACAAGCAUGUUUGUUUCCCGCCUUCGUCCUUAUCAGGCUCAGGGCCUUUGGUGGAUGCUCCACUGUGAAUCUGAACAGAGGUUGAGCCUGGAAGAUGAAAGUGAAGAGCUUGACCCGCUUUGGGCAAAGUAUAGCCUUUCCCCAGCCGCAGCUCCUUAUACUACUACUGAUUUAUCGCUUUACGGUUCGACACCCAUUCAGGCCUCCUCGGGUAACAAAACUGCCAGGGCGUUCGUCCCUAGAUGUUUCUAUGUGAAUACUAGCUGUGGGCUUGUUUCAUUGGAGAAGCCAAGCACAACCGGCCGAGUGAGAGGCGGUAUUUUGGCGGACUGCAUGGGUCUGGGGAAAACUGUUCAAGUUCUCGCUCUCAUUGCCUUCGGCGAAUUUCAGGAGAGGGAUCCUAAAGGUGCUGCUUCCUGGUUGGCAGCUUCGGAAGGUGGCUGCGCACGCGACACGGAUGCAACUUCAAGUGCAGCGAAGCCAGGCUGCACCGCAGACAAACUCGGAGGGGCUCCCGCUAACGAAUCGGAUACUUUUGCUUCAGCGCAGCUGUCUGCAUCACCAAUAUCUGUAAGCUCUGACGGCGAUGCUGCAGACCUGAAGGAAGUCAAUUCAAUCGAGCGUCCAAGAGAAGUGGGAAGGGACAGCCUGUUGGCCGUCGAUCCCCGCAUUCUACAACGCAGCCUGAAACGCGGGAGAGACAAUCUUUUGCGAGGUGGAACACUCAUUGUUGUGCCGCUGUCGCUUAUUGGGCAGUGGUAUGCAGAGGUGAAGAGACACCUAGUACGCGGGGUGGCAACGGUCUUGCAGUAUUACGGUACUGCGCGUCCAAGAGACCCCAAGCUGCUUGCUGCAUACACCAUUGUGCUCACGAGCUACCAAACACUAGCAUCCGACUUCCGUCAGCUACCUAAGCAUAUGCAGUCGGAAGGAGGAGGCGUGAAUUGUGAUCCACGUUCAGUCAGCACACUGGAUCUAGGAUCCGUCCCAGAAAGCCCCAUUGCAAGCAUUCGCUUUCGGCGGAUUAUUCUAGACGAAGGUCACGUCAUCAAGAAUACCUCUUCGCUCGUAAACCGCGCAUGCAAUUCUGUGGAGGCUGACUCACGUUGGAUAUUGACGGGGACGCCUCUGCAAAAUGACCUCUCUGACGCAUUUGCCCUCGUUCAAUUUCUCCGCGUCUCACCCGUGGGUAGUCGAAGGUGGUGGAGGGCAAAAGUAACUCAAGCUAUGGAAAAAGGAAUGGUGCGGGAGGCGGUCGAAACAGUUCGGAACAUUUUAGCUCCGCUGAUGCUGCGCCGGCACGGGGACGAACUGGGAGAGGAUGGAAGACCACUAUUGCCGCUUCCACCGCUCACAAUUCACACAUUCACUCUACAUCUUACCUGUGAAGAGCGUCUGUUCUAUCAGACAAUUUUUGAACAUAGCAAGGCCAAAUUUGACCAACUCGUUCAGAGUGGCCAAGUUUUGCAGCAUUAUACGCAUGUCCUUCAACUCCUGCUGAGGCUUCGACAAGCAUGCAAUCAUCCCCUGCUUCCGUCGCACCGUGAACAGCAACGCCGUCAACAGUUCAUCGACGCAGUCUGCCCCGCGCAGGACCAUCCAAAAUAUCGCAGCAAUGAUGGCGUCGAAGUAGUGUUUAACUUGUCCUCCUCUUCACGGCCGGCGCCCGAUUUCAUACUGCAAAAAUACAUUCAGGAAGCUUUGGAGGGCAAACUUAAAGACUGCCCGGUUUGUCUUGAGCCGCCAGCCGACGCAGUAGUGCUAACAAGUUGCUGGCAUGUCCUUUGCGUCAACUGCGUCCUGUUGUUGCAAAAUAGUAAAAGCGGCGCAGUAGCGGUUUGCCCAACGUGUAACAGUAAGUUCCUUCAUCAGCAUGUUCGGCUGCUCCCGUGCAAGCCGAAGGCGUCUACCCAGCAGUGGAUUGAUGUCGUGCAAAAGAAGCACCGUGAGGCGCUUGCAGCUGCUGGCAACAAUAAAGAAUCAAAACACGGCAACCAGCUCGCAGCGGAAGAGGCACAGAAAAGGGACAAAGCGUGUUUAGGUGCGGAUUUGCAUGUUGCAUCCCCUACGGAACAAGGCUCUACGCAUUUGAAUGGGUCUGCUACAGUUUCUGAGGUGGCACUUCACGAAUUGUCUGACCACAGCUUUUUCUUUAGUACGAAGAUGCGACUACUUCUUGCGCUCUUGGAUGCCGAUGUUGCGGCUGGAAGGUCUUGCGUCAUCUUCUCGCAGUGGACAUCAAUGCUGGACCUCGUGGAGAUGGCAUUUGCACGCGUUGAAACCGUUCGCAGCACAGAGCAACCUGAUGCCCCAGGUGCUACCAAUGAUGAUGAUGACAAUGAUGUUGUUGAGAUGGGAGCCACUCAUGCAGUGAUAAAGGUACCACAGUUUCUAAGUGGAAAUCUAAGCAAGGAGGUAACUAGAGGUGGAAACGCCAGCCCAAACCAACAGGGGACACCAAUGAAGCGACUGUACAACUACCGCCGGAUUGACGGAACUCUAGGUCUAGAGGCCAGGCAACGCAUUAUACAUUGGUUUUCGGAGGAUAGCUUGCAUUCGACAGCACGUACAGUAGUUUCGUGUACAUCGAGAGCAACCGAGACGGAAGGAGCACCUUUUAUGGGUCAAUUUAAUCUGCAACGUUUCAUCUGCACGACACACGGGACUGGCGCUUCGCAUAGGGCAGGUGCUCCUUCACCGAAGCCAUUCACCACAGGGAAGCCAACCAGUGCAAGCAAAUCUGAGGUGGAUAUUUCCCCUCAUCACCGCGGAAAGAUACUCUUGUUAUCUUUAAAGACAGGGAACGUAGGGCUUAACCUCGUUAAAGCAACACGUUGUUACAUCAUUGACGGUUGGUGGAACCCUCAGGUCGAGAAGCAGGCGAUGAGGCGCCUCUGGCGGUACGGACAGGAUCAACCAGUUUCUGUCUACCGCUUUGUGUGCGCUCGAACUGUUGAGGAGCGGAUGGAGGAGCUGAUUAAGUGGAAAGGCCAUCUUUCGCGAAGCACGCUUCGCUUCGGCAAUCAUCCUGAUGGGGAAAGCUCAGUAGAUCCGGAGGAAGCCGACGCUGACAAGAGGAAAGGACAUCUCUCCCUGCAAGACCUUAAGAAGCUGUUUGAAGGCUGGGAAACCGGCCCAGGUUCUGCAUAG